GCCGCGGAGGCUCUCAGCUAAAGCCUCUCAACAAUGGCUUCCAAAGCAAGUAGCUCAGUGUGCUUGCAUUUUCUGCUUCUUCUCCUCGUCUCCGGCACUGCAAUUUCUCAAUCGGUAGUGAAGACUCUUCCGGGCUACCCCGGUGAAUUACCCUUUACACUUGAAACUGGAUACGUAAGUGUGGGCAAUGUGGAAUUCUUCUACUAUUUCGUUGAGUCGGAAGGGAAGCCGGGAGCUGAUCCUCUUCUACUCUACAUGAAUGGAGGCCCUGGUUGCUCUGGUUUAAAUGGAUUCUUUUACCAGAUUGGCCCAUUAAAAUUCAACAUCAGUGAUUACACUGGGGGCUUACCAACAUUGAUAUACGAACCAAACACAUGGACAAAGGUAUCCUUUGUGGAUGAUGCUCAUGGGGUUUCACUAAACUUCCCCUCCGUUUGA